UUGAAGGGCUUCAAACAUCUGGCGUUUUAAGACAUCUGAAAGACUUUUGCCAGAUGUUAGAUAUUUUGACAUUAAUUUAAUUAUCUAAUUCGAGGGCAGUUUACUUUAAUAGGAGGAAAUGGAUUGCAUCAGGAAUUCUAAUUCGUUCCAGAAUGACGUCAAAGAUCAGGCUAUUAAAACUUACUCUGUCAUAUGGAAUAAGAAAAUGCAAUCGGAAAUUGGGCUUGAAAAAUUCCAGAAAAUUAUUGAAAGGAAAUACAAAAUAAAAUUUGAGUCUUAUUGGGAUCUUCACAAAUGGUCAGUGGAAAAUUUCUCCGGUUUUUGGAAGGAAAUGUGGAAUUUUUUUGACAUUAUUGCUUCUAAGCCAUACGAAGAGGUUUUUAGGAAAACUGGAACCGGUAUCUUAGAUAAUGAAUGGUUCUGCGGAGCAAAAUUUAACAUGGCUGAAAUCUUUCUCAGAAUUCGAAAUAACAGAAUUGCGCUAUCAUAUUCUGAUGAAUUCGAAAACAAAGGUGAAAUGACAUUUGCAGAAAUGUUCGAAGAGGUAAAACGCUUUGCCGCAGCUUUUCGAAAGCAUGGUUUAGGUAAAGGAGAAAGAAUAGGAGGAUAUAUUUCAAAUAUCAAGGAAGCUCUUUUCGCAUUUCUGGCGGCCCUAAGCAUUGGUGCCAUUUGGGGAGCAGCCAUGCCUUACUUGGGACCUCGAGCGGUAUCCAACAUGAUGAAAGUGAUCCAGCCCAAAUUCAUCAUAGUAGUGGAUUAUUUCCUUUACGGCGAAGAGGAAUUCUUCCCUAUUGAAAAUCUAACCACAGUCACUGAAGGUCUUACAAAUUUGGAAAAAGUUAUUAUUGUGCGCCAGACUGAAAAUACAAGUUAUCAAAAUCUUUCCAGUAUUCCAAAAGGAGUCUUUCUAGAAGACUUUUUGGAGAGUGGAAGAGCUCCCGACGGCACGGUGCCCGAUCUGGUUUUCGAGCAACUUCCUCCAAGCCAUCCUGGCAUCAUCAACUUCACAUCCGGUACUACCGGCAUUCCGAAAGGGGUGGUACAUCCACAAGUGGCAUUCCUUGGAUUAAUGAGGGAUUAUGUUCUUCACUUGAAUUUGAAAAACGGCGAUGUUGUUGGUAAUUACAGUCCGGCUGGCUGGGCUGUUUGGAUCUAUCCCAUACCAAGUCUUGCUUUAGGGGUGAAGCAAUUCUUGUUUAACGGUUGUCCUACGUAUAGCAAAAACGGCCGAAAUAUCUGGAAUCAUUUAUCAGAAAAUAAAGUGACAUAUAUUUUCAUUUCAUCGGGGGAUACUAUUGAUAUGGAAAGCACGAAUAUUGUACCAGGUCUCAGUACGAAUCUCGAUUGCUUAAAAAUUAUCUCGUUGAGUGGGAGUCCACCUAAGCCUAGAAACUAUGAUUUUCUUCUUAACAAGGUGAAGAAAGAUAUGUAUGUUGGGAGCAUGUAUGGAGCCACAGAGACUUUUGGAACCUUCUCAGCGUACAAUCUCAAUAUGCCAGCUUAUGCUUGUGAGAGCCAAGUUCCUGCGUUGGGAGUGAACUUGCAUUGUUUCGAUCCAAAAGGCAAUUCUGUUAUUGAUUAA